ACGUUUCUGUUUUGUGGACACAACUCGCCAUGUGGCUGACAGCCAUGUGACUUGCCGCGUGCGCAAUAACCUUUAUAAAAAUUAGUAUUUAUUGCUUUCUUUUGGGGUUAUGCCUUGGGGAAUACGUCCCUUGGGGAUUAAGUAGUACUUAACUUAAUUGUUUUAGAAUUUUAAGUGAAUUAAUAGUUGUUUAUUUUAAUAUGUAGUAAAGGAUUAAUGAUUAUGUUAAUUACUCUUUGAUGUAUAAGAUUAAUUAGUUCAACACGGACUUAUGGGACUAGAAGUGACAAUGACGUGAUGCGACGAAGCAACAUGAAGUCGUCGAUAAUUAUCGCUGUUUCCAUCAUGCUGGUGGUGCCUGGCCCUUCCAGUACAAACUCUGACAACUUAGCGUUAUUAGCGGGCACGUUAAAGACAAUGCAAAGAGCUGCCUGUGAUGAUGAAAUGGUCUCCCUCUCUUGUCCGAGAGGAACAUCAAUAAGUAUCCAAGUAGCUCAGUAUGGAAAAGCCGCUCCAGGUGGACACGGUUGUGUUGCAGAACCAGCUCAAGAACUAGAGAACAGUGAGAGAUGCUUAUGGCCUAAUUCUAUGCAGUAUUCCCUGUUGCAAACGGUGGUCGAGGCGUGUCAAAAGAAGCCGGCAUGUAAGUUCACUACAAAGUCGAAGCCGGGAAUCGUCGACCCGUGUCCCCACGCCAGAAAGUUCGUUGAAGUUGCCUACAAAUGCAGACCGUAUGAGUUCCGGAGUCGAACGGGCUGCGAGGAUGACGUCAUAAAGCUAGGUUGCAACCCUUACUCGAGAGUGGCAAUAUUUAGCGCACAAUAUGGCCGGACAGCGCAUGAUUCCGUUACGUGUCCGCGAGCACAGGGAAUUACAGAUCAGACCUGUACCGCGCCUUACGCUGUGGAGACUGUUAUGCAGAUAUGUCAUGGAAAACGAAGGUGCCAUAUUGUGGCGAAUGGCAAAACAUUCGGGUCACCCUGUAAGCCACAUUUGCAAAGUUAUCUGAAGGUUGUGUAUGCGUGUGUGCCAUUGGGAGUACUCACCGAGCGAUACGAGAGCCCAGUUGAAAGGGAUGAAGUACCAAACACUCAUGUCGUCAGCAGUGAUGAAGGGCUGUUUGAUGAAUCAGAUACUGGAGAAAAAUGGGGUGAGACAAAUCCAGUGUCGCCAAUUGCUGACUUGGGAUCUUUGCCAACAAUACAGGACAUCAAAUUGAAGGUGUUCACUUCAGAAUCAAACAACAACAAGGGAAAUUUUGAGAAGUCAGAACGUUCACAGGCGCACGAGAAAUUCUACUUGUACAUCGGCGCUGCUGUUAUUAUUAUUAUUGUUUUUAUCAGCUUCAUUAUAGCAGCCAAAUAUUAUAUGAACAGGAAAAAGAAACGAAAUGCUAAAAAUGGCAAUAUGUUCACAACGGAAGCGCCAAAUAUAUUCAGCGAUACUGUAUCUGAUAUAGACAAUGAGGGCAGCGUUACUCAUAUAUCUGAAACAUUCUACGAUCCAGCACACCCAGAUAUGAUUUAUGGCACUAGGAAUCUUAGACCGAUGAAGCCUCUAUCAACGAUAUAUCCCACUGCAGGCGCCAGUAUGUACGGAGUGGAUUACGUUCCCCGACAGACACUGGGAUUUGAAAAUGAUCCUGAAAUUUUAAGUCCGAAGAGUUUGAGAGGUUACACAAAUACACAGUUCAAUUAUGGCUGACAUAAAGAUGUAAAUGAAGAAUCAAUUGAAGUAGACACUGAGUUAUAACAAUAUUAUAAACGCGGUGCUUUCAUAGGUGUUGCAUAUUUAUUGUAUUCUAUUAAGAAUUUGUAUCAAUAGAAUUUUGUAAAAUAAACACUAAUAAAUAAAUCAGAAUAUCAAAAAGCUCAUUUUUGCAUGUGAAAGUUUGGUUAUUAAACUUAACUAGCACGCCCACCCCUAUUUAAUGGGUUAUUUUUAUGUAAAUAUAGUUUAAAUUCAAAUAAUGGGUGACGAUUUCAUGAAUGUACUUCGUAUUUAAAUUCGUGUUCUUCAAAAUAUGUUUUUUUUUUAUGGAAAAGGAUUGCAAACGAGCGUACGGGUCACCUGGUGUAAAGUGAUCACCGCCACCCACAUUGCCACACCACAGGAAUCACAGGAGUGUUGCCGGCCUUCAAGGAAGGUGUACGCGCUUUUUUUUGAAGAUACCCAUGAGUUAUCGUCCAUGAAACCCAGUUUUGUAGUACGCGCUGUGGAGGACCGCAACACAUCCAGAUGGUGGUCAUGAUAUCCUAACUUGUUUCGUGUCGUGCGAAGGUGCAAUUCGGUAGCAGGAAUCAGGGUGAAACAGCUCUUAGGAAUACUCCCCGUGAUAGUUGCGGUAGAAGACACACAAUGAAGCGAUAUCUCUACGCAACGCCAAGUGAUCAAGCCAUUCACAGAGAUUCUCUUUACGCCCGGGGAAGCACAGGGCAAAAUAUAAUUAAUCAUAAUAAUUAAUCUAUUGCUCCCAUACUUAUGUGACAGAGCACAUAUCUAAAGCUUCUUAAUUGCUAUUAUUGAAUUGAUUAUUUGAAUAAUUUAACAUUUUAGAUUUCGUCUCCCAUUUGAAAAUAUUUACUCUAUAUUAUAAAGCUUAAAAUGAUAACGUGUAUAAGGUUUAUGAAACUUAUAAAUCGAAUUAGUAUUACCGUGAUCAUAAAGGCCGAAAAUGUAAAUUAUUUUACCAUUAGGUACUAAUAUAUUAUAUCGUUUACUUUUUACUAUAAUAUUAUUUUACAUUAAUGUAUAAUUUGACGCUUAAGAAACUCCCGUAUAUAGAAAUUACCUAAGCUCCUUAGUUGGAAGGAGAAAUAAAUCCAGCCUUUUAGAAAUCUAUAGAUUAAUGGAGAAUGUUUGGGUGAUUUGGUCAUGUAGCGUGGAUGGAUUAUUGUAUAUUGACUGCACAAAUUAUAGAGAUAUCUAUGUGAAUGUUAAACUGAAUUAAGCUAUACUUUACUUCAUGCCAAAAAAUUUCUAGAAUUUGGCCAUUCAAUGCGUAUCCAGAAAGCGACCACAAAAUUGUCUAGAAAAGACCGUGUGCACUUAACUUCGAAGAGAAAGUUUUACUAGAACAUCAUUCCCAGAAAGUCCCCUCUUUUGCAUAACCUUUCCCCCCAUUUCGUCACUAUAAUCAGUCUUGCAAAUUACUCAUACAGAACUCCUGCGACAUUUUUAUAGCCGUUGGUCCAACUUGAGCCUGUUGCAAUUUCUUUGCCUUCCAGCAGUCUGCCGUCGUCUCAUAACCUUUAGGAUCCAGAAGCUUAUGAGCAACACAGGUUUUUUACUCAGCGCAACCACAUCAUAAUAGAGCAUUUGAUACAUCUCGAUUGAAUGGUUUGUACAUCACCAUGGAAUGACGUAGCUUCCUUUACAUCAGCUACCAACACUUCUUACACCUUGAAAUAAAACAUUUUUUCACUCCAAUUUUAUUGUACAAAAAAAGUAUAUUAAAGAUGGUCUAGUAAGAUUUCCUCCUUGAACUCAAUAUUCAAAUGAUUUCUUAUUUAUUUUAACUCACUUUCAUAGUAUCUUUCUCUUUAGAAACGAGACAGUGAGUCUGUUAACCUAGCGUUUCUUGUCCGUGACUAAUUAAUACUAAUGUACUUUGUUAAAACAUGAAUGCUUAUACAAUAUAUAUAAAUAGAAUAUAAAUAUAUUUAUUUACCAUAGGAGUGACAGUAACAUAACAUAUUGCAAAAAUAGUUGGUAAAAGUCAUGAAGAUACAUCAGUUCGUAAAAUAACUGAUAAGAAGCAGCCCUUCUUUAAAAUCAGAGAAUAAGAAAAUUGCUUAGCGAAUAUAAAGUAAUAUUAAUUUAGGUCACCUGUCAAGAACCAUGCACUAUUGUCUUCUAUAUAAUCUGCUAUACUAUAGUAAGCAUUAUUUAUCAGAGUAGCUUUAAUACUUUGAUUAAAAAAUGGUCUCCGCUGCGCUCCAACGGCAACGUGCGGCAACUAAUACGCCUAAGUAGGCAUACUUGAGCCAGUCUUAGACAAUGUGGUACGUUGACGUGUCACUAAAGUGUAUGUUACAAAAUUUGAAAGAUGCCAUUGAGUGUUAAGAUGCCACGCAAUGUUCUUAGGUGGUGCGGUAUCUAUUGGAGCCCAGCGGAGACCAUUAAUAAUUAAUCUAAUUUAUCUAAUUUAAUCUAUCUUAAAAUAUAUUCUUUUUCUUUUGUGUCCCUGGCUAUUAAAGCUAUCGGAUUUGAAUCAGUUUCAAAAUUUGUAAACAAUAUACUUUGAAUAUUACAAUAUGUAAUAUGUUUAAGUAUAUAUAUUGUUAUCUCGUAUCCAUAAUUAAAGCGAAACCUAGUACUUUUUGUGAAACUACGUAUUUUUUGUGAAAGUGCGUAAAAUGUUAUUAUUAUUAUUUAAAAUAUUAUAAAUUAUAAUUUAAAAGGCUAUCUUCAAAAAUCACGCACUAUUUCAUCGCCAAUCUCAGCUUUCUUACUAGAUGAUUCUUAACGGUUCUUUAUCGGUCUCAUUAUAACUUAUUCACAAUAAAUUCACACUUAAUGUCAUACAUACAAUACACAU